GCCUUUAAGGAAUUGAGAUCACAUAUCAGUGCCUCUUUCUCUCUCACACCUGACUGUGCUGAAAACUUCAGGAGCUAAAUGAUGCGGCUGUUUGUUUUCUUACUGAUAUUAACACAAACACGUGGAGAUUAUCCAGCAUUAAAAAUUCAACUGUUACAAAAGAGUUUGACAGAAGGGUCUCAGAUGAUGUCUGUGUGGAUACAGCAGAAACUGAAGAGCACUGAAAUCCCAGAUGUCCACGGCAAUGUGGACAUUGGGAUCGGCACUAUAGACUUCACUUUAUCAAAUAUAUGGAUUAGGCAGAGCAGCAUGUCAGAUCUUGUGAUGGAGUUUGUAGAGGGUACAGGUGUAUCUGUGAUGGUCAGUCAGCUGUCAUUGGCUGUCACAGGUAACUGGGCGACACACUUUGGACUCAUUGACGAUGGAGGUUCAUUUGAUCUGGCUGUGUACAACAUCAAUAUCAAUCUGCUCCUACUGUUCAGUGAUGAUGAGUCUGGUCGCCCCCUCAUCUCCACCGGCUCCUGCACUGAUGCUGUGGGAGGAGUAGACGUGGAAUUUCAUGGAGGAGCGAGCAUUUUGUUUCAGCCGUUCGUCAGUUUUUUCAGAGGACAAAUCGCAGAUAUGAUUCAUGAACAGAUUUGCCCAGCAAUUACGCAAGUGAUUGAUGAUGUAGAGAUGCAUCUACAGGAAAUACCAGUCAACCUAGUUGUGAAUCAGUAUAUAUAUCUGAGAAUCCCUCUCACAUCCUCGCCUUCUGUGACAAAUGACAACGUUCAGUUGGACAUGAAGGGUGAAUUUUACAGCAGAAACUCUCCAUCUGAACCUCCUUUCUCUGCUCAAGACUUUGACCUGCAGUACACAGACGACUACAUGAUCUCAUUGGGUGUAUCUGAGUUCUUCAUUAAUUCAGCAGCGUAUUCAUACUUCAGCUCUGGACUUCUUCAGAUUAACAUUAAAGAUGACAUGAUUCCCGAGAGUUCGCCAAUCCACCUGAACACCAGCCAGUUUAGCAUCUUUAUUCCACAGCUGGCCACAUUAUAUCCAGAUACAGAGAUGCAGGUGCUGUUAUAUGCCAGCGAGACACCAUUGUUUUCCUUCAGUCCAGAAGAGCUGGGCGUUCAUGUACCAGCUUCAGCAAAGUUCUCUGCUGUUAAACAGGAUGGAAGUCUGGUACCGCUCUUCAGACUGGAUGUGGACAGCUUCUUCAGUGGAAACGCUCAGAUUGAAAACGAACACCUGACCGGAGCUUUCAAAAUGAGCAAUUUAACACUAAAUCUUGGAUCAUCUGAAAUUGGCGAUUUCAAGACAGCACCACUUGAACAAGCGAUAAAGAUAGCGAUGAACAUGUUUGUUCUUCCUAAAUUAAAUGAGAAGCUGAAGGUUGGCUUUGCCUUACCUGUGCUGAAGGACUUCAGUCUGAUUAAUACUAACAUGCUCAUUAAAAACGGAUUUGUGAUCAUUUUGACGGAUGUUGAAGCCACACCAAGCAAUCUCAGCAUUUUAUUCUGAGACUAGGCUUAAAGGGUUCGGGUAUUGUUUUAAACCAAGUCCUUUGAUUGUCUUCAGAACACAUUUCUCUGCAGGUGACGUCAGCAGCAUGUGCUGUAGUGCUACAAUGCUUGUAUAAUCUAAUUGUUUAUAUCAUUUAUACAUAUGGUUUACUAAAAUAAUAAUGAAAAACAAGAAUCCUGAAAACUGCCCACUUCCUACUUCAUUGGCCUCCAUCAGUGCCGGUUAGUAACAGAUUAUAUGUAAUCUUCUGGAUGACAUAAUUACAUACCAGAAAUCAAGUAGUACUUGUUACAUGUUAUUAUAUUUUUAAUUACUCAUAAUCAGAGUGCAGUUACUAUUUUAUUGAUCACAUACUACAUUGCAAACAUUACAUAUUUGUUCCCUCUUUUUUCUUUUUAAUCUUUAAGUUUAUUUGUGAGCUUUAACAUACUUUGAGUCUUAAGGUUGUUUUGGAGGAUGAGGUUGUUGAAUUGCGCACACAGACAACUAGCUACUACACACAAUUCAAAUUAGUACAGAGCAAUUUCAAUUUGUAGCUGUGAAUAAAGUGGUGUCGAAACUGA